AUGACCGGAGCAGGCAGUCUUGGGCCAGACAACCUAGUCGGAGCAACAAAUGUACCCCCAAAAGUCAGUGCUAUGCAGACUGCCCGGGACUUAAAUACCAGUUACACAAUAGAGAAGGAACAGCCAAUCAGAAUCCCCGUUACGGUUACUAAAAUGAAAGUAAAGGAAGUGAGUCUAGAGAAAUGCCCGGAUGACGAUGAAAACCAGCGGCUUGGUCAAACAUGUAACCACAUCGCUGGACUCCUCUUCAGAGUGGAAGCAGCAAAUAAGAUGGGGGUUACAUCAUGUACAUCUGCCCCUUGCAGCUGGAACAUACCAGGCAUGGGCAAGAAGAUAGUGCAGCCAUUGCAGGUUAAAGACAUGCAGUUAACUAAGACAAAGCAUAACACAAAACCAGGAAAGAGAAGACCAUUCAUUAUGAAUGCUACAAAUACAAGCUUCAAUCCAGUAUCAUCCACUCCAAAUAUAUCACAUCUACAGCCACUGACAAACCAAUUGAGGAAGGAAAUUCCAACUGCUUGUAUUUUCAAAGGUUUAGAUAUGCCCAUAGAAAACCCUGCACCACCUCAAAAGUCUUCAUUUGACAUGUCGAUAUAUACCAUGAACACCAUUGCUGCAAACUUCAAGGCUAUGGCUACACAACAGUUUCAAGGAGGUGAAGACCAAUUCAUCAACUCCAUUCCCAAAGUCUCUCCUUCAGACAUCCAUACAAUAGAAGAAGAAACAAGAGGCCAAAGUACAAAUGAUGAUUGGAAGGCCUUGCGCAAAGGAAGGAUCACUUCUUCCAAUUUUCAUUCUGUUCAUACCAAAAUGAAAACAUUACAAAGGGACCCAACUGCAGAUGUCAAUUCCCUGUGCAAUACCCUUCUUGGCAAUACUAAAAUGCCCCUUGAUCAUGUAAGGUCUAUUAAACAUGGAAGAGAGACUGAACCUUUAGCCAAGAAAGACUUUGUGAAGUCAUUUUCUCUUCAACAUCAAAACAUCACUUUAGGGAAUGUGGCCUCAUCAUGUGUCAAAAAUAUCCAUUUCUUUCUGCCUCUCCAGAUUUGGUGA